AAUACAAUACUUUAUUAUUCUUAACCUUAAAAUAUAUAGCAUACAUACAUUUUGAUAUUUUGAAUAAUAUAAAUAAUAUUAAAUACAAAUAUUAAAUACAAAAUAUUAAAUAUUAAAUACAAUAAAAUAACUAAAUUAAUUAAUUUAAUUUUAAAAUAAAUAUUAUAUGAAAAAUAUACAUUGCAUAUUAAUAUUAUUAACUAAUAUUUAACUGGUUAUAUUGUAUAUUAAUAUAAUAUAUUAAUAUUUAUCUAGAUUUAUCUUAUAUAUUAAUACAAUUAAUGUCAAUAUUUAACUAUGAUUUAUUUUAUAAAGAUAUUUUAAAAUUUUAUUUAUAGUUCUCUUUCAUGCAAAAAAAUAUAGUAACAUAUACGAUAAAUACAUUUUUAAAUACUAUUUCAGUUAAUGACAUUUAUUAGCUUUAUACAAUAUUUUUAUUGAUAAGAAUUUUACGAUAAUUUUCUAUUUAUUAUGUUAUUACAUUAAGAAACACAUUUCAUUCGUUCAUUUGUAUAAAUUAGUAUUGUACGUUUAUAUAUAUAUAUCAUAUAUAUAUAUUAUAUAUAUAUAUGAUUAAAAAUUUAUUAUGAAAUAUUUUUAUUAAGAAAGAAUUGUUUUCUUAAAUAAAUAAGAUUUACAAGUAUGAGUAAUAUUUAUAUACAAGAACCACCUACUACUGGUAAAGUAAUGAUGAAAACAACUGUUGGUGAUAUUGAUUUGGAAUUAUGGACAAAAGAGGCUCCAAAAGCAUGUAGAAAUUUUAUACAAUUAUGUAUGGAAGGCUACUAUGAUAAUACUAUAUUUCAUAGAAUUAUUAAAGGAUUUAUUGCACAAGGUGGCGAUCCAACAGGUACAGGAGAAGGUGGUGAAAGUAUAUAUGGGCAACCAUUUAAAGAUGAAUUUCAUACAAGAUUACGUUUUUGUCGACGAGGUUUAAUUGCUAUGGCUAAUGCUGGAAAAGAUGAUAAUGGUUCUCAGUUCUUUUUCACUCUUGGUUCUACACCAGAAUUACAAAAUAAACAUACAAUUUUUGGAAAAGUUACUGGAGAAACUAUAUAUAAUAUGCUGAAACUUGAAGAAGCACUUGUAGAUGAGGAUGAUAGACCAUUUUAUCCACCAAAAGUUAUAAAAACAGAUAUAUUGAACAAUCCAUUUUCUGAUAUUGUACCAAGGAUAAUAACAAAAAAAAGUGAAGAAAUAAAGGAUAAUUCAAAAACUAAAACAACAGGAAUAAAAAAUUUUAAUCUUUUAUCAUUUGGUGAAGAAGCAGAAGAAGAUGAAGAAGAAUCUGUGAUAUUAAAUAAAAAAUUUAGUAAUAAAGGCAAAUCAGCCCAUGAUCAUCUAACUGAUCCAAAAUUAAGUGCAGAACCAGCUAUUGAACCAACUGGACCUCCAAACAAAAAAAAAAAGGAAGAUCGUAGUAGUGAUUGGGAAAGUGAUGAGGAAAUGAAAACUCAAGAAGAAAUGGAAGUUAUAAAAAAAGAAAAAGAAGCAAUGAAAGAAAGAAUAAAAAGUAAAUUGAGAGAUACGAAAAAAGAAUCUAAAAAAAUAGAAAAUUUUAAAAUAGAUGAUGAUGAAGGUGAUAAGGAUAUAAAGGAUGAUGAAUAUUAUCUUGGAAAGGAUAGAGAUGAAGAACGUAAAAAAAAAGUAGAAGAAAUAAAAAAAGAAAUUCGGGAUUUAAAACGUGAUGUUAAAAAUGAGAAGAAAGCAAAAGAAGAAGAUAAAAAAAUGAAAGAAGUCCAAAAAGAAAAGAAAGAAAAAAAAGUAGAAAUUAUGAAAGAAUACAUAGAUACUCAAGAAAAAUAUAAAGAAGCAAAAUUAAAAAUACCUAAAAAAGGAAAAAGCCGUGAAGACUUUACAAUGGAAUUAUUAAAUAAAUUUAAAUCUAAACUUCAAAAUGCUAAAGAAAGUGUAAGAGAAACAUCACCAAGUCCAAUAAAAAAAGAAAAUAUUAAAGAUGAAGAUUUUGAUCCAACCGAUGAAUCUUGGAUGGUACAUGCAUUACAUUGUGAAGAAAAAAUACCUGUUCUUGCUAAAGAUGCGAGUACAAAAGAUGAUGAUUGGUUUGAAAUUUAUGAUCCUAGAAAUCCACUUAAUAAACGACGAAGAGGAGAAAAAUCGUCCAAGUCAAAAGAUAAUAAAAGUAAACGUAUCGUCUCUCGCAAGUAAUCAUAAAUAGUAUUAUAGAAAGAGAACAUUAUAUGUAAGUAUAGAAGAUAAUUCAGUAUAGAAUAUAAUAUUUUUACAUAAUUUUUUUUGUGUACAGAAUUAUGUGUGAAAUAUAUAUUAAAUAUAUCUUCUUUUUUUAACAAAAAUUGAAAAAUAUAUUUAUUGAAAAUGUUUUCAAACAUUAAUUUUUUUAUUAUUUUUAAUAUUUAGCAUUUUGUAGCAUUGUAGUAACUAAAAAGAAAGAAUUACAUAUAUUUCUCUCGUAUCAUUCCGUAUGAUAAUGUUUAUCACACUUUAAGAGAUAAUUUCAAUAUUUUGAUGGUAAAGAUGGAUAACGAUGUACCGUGAUUUUGAGCAAAUAGAUGUAUAGAUCAUAGCUUAUCCCUGGCACAGUAAAACUUGAUAAGGCACUGAUACAAAGCAUGACAUAUUCCUUUACUGAUUCAGUUUAUCUGUUGACGGCGAACGAUACACAUCGUGCAUUUAUAUACGUAUAAUUUUGUGAUCAAAUAAAUAAAAUUAACUAAUGAAUUAUAUAUUUAUUAAAUAUCAAAGAAAGUAAAGUUAAAUAAUUUUUUUAAAAAUAGAAUAAUUUAAAUAGUUUUUUAUUUAUAAUAAAUAAAAUAAAAAUUAAAUUUUUAUUAUUAAAUAAUAUUGUUUUUUAUAAUCAAUUUUUUAUAAUCACGUUUUUUUAUCUUUUUUAUCUAUCAAUCUAAUCUAAUAUUUUUAUUAAUAAUUCAAUGAAUGAUUUGUGCUUGUGCGUUUUAUAGUUUUUAACAUUAUUCAUAUUAUCGUGUGAAAAUAGUGAUUUUAAGUGUUUUAUGCCGCGCUUCUUCAAGAAAAAUGCCAACGACGCCAUUAAAAAUAGAUAUAUUUGGUACGCUUUAUUUUGUUUAUAUAUUUUAUCAAUCAUUUUUAAAAAUAAUAAUUACUAUAUUUCUUGAUAAAAUAUUUCGAUUUUAUAAAUUUUAUAAAAUCAUUGUCUUAAAAUAAAUGAUUUAUCGUGUAUAUGUAUUUAUCAUUUAUUAUUUUUGAAAUUUAAUAUAUUGCCAAGUUAAAUUGCGUAUUUUAUCUACUAAAUCUUUUAUUAUGUAAUAACUUCUUACGUUUUUCUUUACCACGUGGUGUCAUGAAAUGUGCACUUUACGAAGUAUAUAUACAUACUAUAUCGUAGUAAUCAAGUAGUAGAGCUUUAAGCACAGAGCUUUAUCAAAAUCGUUUUAGCAUUGAUAGGUGAAUUAACUAAUUAUACAAUUUGACAGUAUUUAUUUAAACCACUGUAAGUAGCCAGGAAAUAUAUUGUCCUUUGAAACGAAAUACAUAUAACACAUUCACUCUUUAAUUGUAUAUUCUUCUUUAAUGUAGCUCAUUUAAUUGCACAAUAAUAGCAUAAAUAAUUCUUUCUUGUGAUAGAAAAAAUUUUAUCUUUAAAUUUUUAUUUCUCUCUUUUAAAUCUAUAUAAAAGUUUUAAUAUGCAUGCACCACAAUAAAUAAGAAUAGUAUUGGAACAAUUUGAUGUAAAUAAAAUACACAGAUGUGCACUGUAAAUAGCGUAAAACUGCGCCAUUUUUUAUCAUUCAGUAUAUUGAAUGAUAAUGAUUUUAUCGAAUAUGAUUCUUUUUUAUUCUAUAUAUUCAAUAAAUAGUUAUGUAUAACAUUCGUACAUUUUUAAUUACGUAAAUAAUAUCAAUAUUAUUCUUGUAUAUAUAUAUUUUAUUUUAUUUUUAUUUUUAUAUUUAUUUUUUUAUAUUUACAUAUAAACGUAUAAAAUAAAUUAAUUUUUGUUAUUUCUCUUCAUAAUAUAUUUUAUAUUGUUUUUAUUUUUAUUUUAUUUAUUUUAUAUAUGAAAAAUGAUGGAUUUUUUUACAAUAAAUUAAAUAAAAUUCGAAAUUACAAUUAUGUAUUCUACUUCUAUAUGUUUGUUCAUAAUUUAUUCGAUAAUUCUAUUAUAGAUAUUAUAAAUUUACGAUACGAAUGUAUGUCGUCAUAAUUGAUUACUAUUUAUCGCGAAUGUAUUCAAAAUAUACUUUAUUUGCGUUGUUAAAGUCGGUCUCAAUAAGAUAGCGACUUGAAAUAUUAUAUAAAUUGUUGUUAUUCGUCGGCUUCGUAUCAAAACGUUGCAUUUUUAAUUGUAAAGAAAAUCAUGGAAUUUUUCAUUAUCUCUAUAAAUUGUUGAUUUUACGUAUAUGUAGAAUGUUCUGUAAUUAUUUAAAUAAUGAAUCAAAAAAUAUAUACAUAUAUGUUAAUCUUUUUUGAACAUAUAUCAUAAAAUCGACAAAGAAAAAGAAUUUAUUAUAUUUGUUUUAUGUGUUUAAAAAUAUAUAUUACGUUACAAUCUUCAUAAUCAUUUGCCUUCAAAACCAUUUUGAAUUUUUAAAUAAUGAUCAAACACAAAUCAAAAAUUAUAUAUUUAAUACAGAGUUAUAAAAAUAGCAUAUUAAUAUGCGCAAUUAUUAUACGAUGGAAAGAAAGAAUUACAAAGAAUUGUGCGGUGUAAUUUAGACGUAAGAUAUUUUGAUAUCUAGUUAAAUUAUUUAUAAAUACUCAUGUAUCAUAAUAAAUAAAUAAAUGAGUACUUUUUUCGAA